AAGGAAUUACAAUUUACAAGGCAAAGCCCUCUGCUUUUAAAACUUAACCGGCUCUCGUAGAGAAGGGUUUCUCUCCCCAAAACCCUAAAUUCUGCGAAAUAAGAGGAAAUUACCCAAGGGUGUCCAUGGCGUCAAUGCUAACUCAGUUACAAACUAAGCUGGCUCAGGCUUCACAGUACAUGGCCAAACAUGGAGGUGCUCGCUACAAGCAGUUGUUGGAGCAGAACAAGCAAUAUAUCCAAGAGCCACCCACCAUUGAGAAGUGCCAAACGCUAGCUAAUGAAUUGUUUUACACUCGUCUUGCCAGUAUUCCUGGUCGUUAUGAGUCCUUCUGGAAGGAAGUUGACUAUAUCAAGUACCUAUUCAAGAACAGGCAGGAGAUGAAGUUAGAGAAUGCUGGCAUUGGUGUUCUGUUUGGACUUGAGUGCCUCACUUGGUUUUAUGUCGGUGAGAUUGUGGGCAGGGGGUUUACGCUCACUGGUUAUCAUGUUUGAGAGGAUGCUUUAGGGGUAAACAUCCUAGUUGCUCAGUUAUGGAAGAUUCUUACAUGGUGAUCUGCAUCAAUAUGCUUAUACAUACCAUUUUUUCUUGAGAUUUGAAGAUGAGGCUGACGAGUCAGCAAAACAUAGCUAACUCAAUAAUAUAUGAAUUUACAUUUUUGCCAUGAAUGUUCUCAUUUAAAGCCAGAUGAGGCAAACUGUUGACAUUGAAGUAGAUGGAUAAGAUCAAGGAAGUUCUGCAUGAGUUUUAUGAUGGAAGAGUUUUGGAA